AUGUACGGCCUUCAGCAAUUGGCUGCCUCGAAUCACGUGUGUAGUUGUCAAGAUGGCGUCUCCGAAUGGAGAUGGGGACUUUGAAUCAUCUCUGCUAAGUUUUGAAAAACUUGACCGAGCUUCACCUGACCUUUGGCCGGAGCAGUUACCGGGUGUUUCUGAAUUUGCUGCAUCCUUCAAAAACCCAAUCACGAAUUCUCCGCCCAAGUGGAUGGCUGAACUGGAGUCGGAAGAUAUUGAAAUGUUGAAAGAAUUAGGAAGUUUGACCACAGCUAAUCUGAUGGAGAAGGUGAAGGGACUGCAGAAUCUGGCUUAUCAGUUGGGUUUGGAAGAAUCUCGAGAAAUGACAAGAGGGAAAUUCCUGAACAUCUUGGAGAGACCCAAAAAGUGAAGACCCAGAUGGUGAUUGUGAGCUUGUAAGGCAGAAAACAGUAGCAUGAUGCACUAAACGCUUUCCCUAAUAUUCAACUAAUUUGGGGUCAAAACAUCAUGACACCACAUUGUUUUUUGUAUAUAAGUUUAAUUUCUUUAAACGACAGGUGCGGAGUAGAAAGGAUAAAAGGAUAUUGGUGUGCUUUUCAGUAAAUGUUCAUAAAUGUAUUUAUUUUUCGCUCUACAGUUGAAUACAACUUGAGUUGUUUUAAUAAAAAAUACAGUGUUGUUUAAAUAAAGUACAAUUGGUUGUGCUCUUGUCUA